AUGUCGAGCCAUGCCAAGAGCAUUGGAGUUCGAGGUUCAUCAUGGAGGGAGAAGGAGAUACUUGAUCUACUUAGUUGUUGGGGCGAGGAAAAAAUUCAGGAGGCUCUGAAAAGCUCCCAUCGUAACUUUGAUUGCUUUAUGCGAGUGGCGGAGCAGAUGGCACUUAGAGGACACAAACGAUCUGCUUUGGAGUGCCGCUCAAAAACAAAGACCAUGCGACUAGAAUACAAAAAGGUGAUCACCCACAAUGGCCGUUCGGGAAACGCUCCCAUAACUUGUCCCUACUUUCGGGAGCUUGACAGUAUUCUGAGAGGUGACGCGAGUGUCCGACCGAAACGACUGUCUAGAAGCAUGGUCCUACAAGUGGUGGUAGAAAACGGUGGGAAUGCCCUGGAGUUGCAGGAGGGAUCAGAGGAGCUUUUCUCCCAUGAGAUGAGAACCACGGAAGGGGGGCUUCUGCGCACUUCCACUCCAUGCUAUGAUGUGCUCAAUCUUGACCACCCGGAAAUGACUGCACCUCUUUCUGAUCCUGAUGUGACAAUUGAUGGUCUUGAUGGCAGUGGUGGAAACCAAUCUCUGGCAGGCAGUGAGAGUGAUCGUGCGGAUAAAGAAAAUGCAGUUCCAGAUCCAGGAGAGGGACCCAAUUUGAGACCUGAUGCGGAGCUGUCUCCGGGAACGAGGCUUGCAAACAUCAGAAGCCAUCGUAGAAGAACAGCUGGACUGUAUAGUGUGGCCGAAUCAAUGAUGGCCCAGUCUUCCCAGGAACACAAGGCAGAAUUGGAGGAGAGACGGAAAGAGCAGCAGGAGGCCAGACUGUGGCAUAAAUAA